GAGAGCGCAGCAGUAAUUAGCAGAUAGAUGCAGGUCACCUGAAUCGAGUCAGACGCUGUCGCCGCAUUGUGGAGACCUCGCUGUGUUUGGGCAGGGUGGAUCGCUACGAGCGUGAGUUGCCGGGCGAUCGUUUGAGUGUGCGUGCUGCACCUCCGGACACCAGCUGCAGAGCGAAGCAAGUCUCUUAUGCUGACAAGUGCGAGCGGGAUCUCAAGGGUUGAAAAGUACAGGCCACAGACAUUAGAUGACCUCAUCUCGCAUCAAGACAUCCUGAGCACAAUCCAGAGGUUCAUCAGUGAAGAACGAUUGCCUCAUCUGCUCUUCUAUGGACCUCCAGGAACAGGAAAGACCUCUACAAUACUAGCAUGUGCUAAACAGCUGUACAAAGAUAAAGAGUUCAACUCUAUGGUCCUGGAGCUCAAUGCGUCAGAUGACCGUGGCAUAGACGUGGUGAGGGGACCGAUCCUCAGCUUUUCCAGCACACGAACCAUCUUCAAGAAAGGCUUUAAGCUGGUGAUCCUGGACGAGGCGGAUGCUAUGACCCAGGACGCACAGAAUGCUUUAAGGAGAGUCAUUGAGAAGUUCACAGAGAACACGCGUUUCUGUCUGAUCUGUAACUACCUUUCAAAGAUCAUACCUGCGCUGCAGUCUCGAUGCACACGGUUUCGUUUCGGCCCCCUGUCCCAGAGCCAGAUGAUUCCCAGACUAGAGCAUGUGAUACAGCAAGAGAGCAUUGACAUCACUCCAGAUGGCAUGAAGGCCAUUGUGACCCUCUCAACAGGAGACAUGAGGCGAUCAUUAAAUAUUUUACAGAGUACCCAUAUGGCCUAUGGGAAGGUGACGGAGGAGACGGUGUACACAUGUACUGGACAUCCUCUUAGAUCAGACAUCGCCAACAUACUGGACUGGGCCCUCAAUAAAGACUUCACCACUGCAUAUAAGCAAAUUCUGCAGCUCAAAACUCUAAAAGGUCUGGCACUUCAUGACAUUUUAACUGAAGUCCAUCUUCUCAUUCACCGUGUGGACUUCCCACCCUCCAUCCGCAUGGGCUUGCUUAUAAAGCUUGCAGAUAUUGAGUAUCGUCUGGCCUCUGGAACCAAUGAGAAGAUCCAGCUGAGCUCAAUGGUUGCAGCUUUCCAGGCUGUUAGAGACAUCGUAGUCAGCGAUAGAUAGACCACACUUUGAAAGGGUUAUGUAACAUAGAUCCAUGAUGUCAUGAGAGGAAGUUGUUUACUUCAUAUUGUUCUGACAAAAAAACCGAUGCGCAGAACCCUGUAAUAUUUUUGAAAUGUUUAUUUUUUAUGCUUGAAAUAAAGCUUGUCUCAGUACUUUGUAAAAGAAAUGCUACAUUUUCAAAGUAGUUAUGUAAAAAAUAAAGUC